CAGCGUGAAGCGGACGGCGGACUCUAGUGCUACCGGCAUUUCGUGCACACAUAGCACGGAACGAAACCAGAAAUUGUGCACAUUAUACCCUCUGAGAACAUUGAUGAACCUUGGCUUUGUAGUUUAUGUCCACAUUUCAAUGUCCAUAGAGGGAGUAUCGCUUUCAGGGUUCACCUAAAAGCUGGCCAUGACAUCUCUCUUCUCUCUGAUUGUGCAAUGGUUAUUAAUGGCGCGUAGUACGAAAAAGUUAAGAGAGGUUAGGUUCAGUUAGUUUAGGUUAAGUGAUCAUCUCGCGUACAGGAGUAAACAAUUGUACAAGGAUAAUGCGUCUCACAUUUUGACCGUUUUGAAGGGAUGCGAUCCGUCAACAUGCUUUCGCGAAUCAUGAGGGGCGUUCUUGCAUGGAAUAAGGAUUUCGCAUUGUUGAAACGAUCACCGUUUAAAAUUGCAGGUCCUGCGUCAGAUCGGACGAGUUACAUUCGCGACUUUCAUACCAGCAGAUUCCGGAGUAAAGAUAAUAAAGAGGAUGACAAGUCGUCAGCUCUCGUGCUACACGCCUUCGCGAACGCCGAGAGGAAGGAAAAGGAAGCCUAUUUAGACAUAAUCCGGGAAUACAAGAACAACAACGAGCUUAGGCGAGGUCACGUGGAAUUUAUUCAGGUCGCCCUGAAAUACAUGGACGAUUUUGGCGUGAAUCGGGAUUUGGCCGUGUACAAAGUCCUAUUGGACGUGCUUCCCAAGGGCAAAUUUGUCCCUACUAACGCUUUUCAAACCCUUUUCAUGCAUUAUCCUAAACAGCAGUACGUAGCCAUUGACUUGCUGUGCAAAAUGGAGAAAAAUUGCGUGAUACCGGACGUGGAGAUGCAGGACAUGUUGCUGAACAUCUUCGGGAAACACGGCGCGCCGCUGAAGAAGUUUUGGAGAAUGAUGUACUGGAUGCCCAAGUUUGCCAAUUUGAAUCCCUGGCCUUGUGCCAGACCGGCACCCAAGGAUCCACGAAUACUUGCAAGAUUGGCGAUAAGCAAGAUAUCUAGUGUAGAUGUACAGACUAAGAUCGUGGAGUUUGAGACCAAGGACAUAGAAGAUGCUAUCGAGGAUACAUGGAUUGUAUCUGCCAUGAGUAGUAUACAAGAAAGACUAUUAGAAACGCAAUCUCCUAACAGUCCAGUUUGUGUCGAAGGACCAUAUACAGUUUGGGUCGUGGAUCAGUGUAUAGACUAUUUUGUGCUCAGAGGAGAAUCUAGAAAACACAAUGAGUAUGAAGAUAUCGAUGACGUUUCAAAUAUUAAAAUCCCCUUCUGGGAUGAAAAGGAAAUAGUGCCUGCACCUACAGUCCAUGAGCAAAACGAUGGCACAUACUUUGCAAUGUGCGCUACAGGUACAUCUACAAAAGAUUCUUUGUUGUCCUGGAUACGAUGUCUGCAAAAACAGAAUCCUAUUUUGAAUGUAAUCCCGGUAAUAUUCAAAGUGUCGUCGUUCUCGAAGGAACAGCUGUACAUCGAUACUGAAAAGAGCAAGGAUAAAGUGAUGCAUGUAAAAGAAUAAUGUCCAGGUAUAAGUGACUAGACUAUUAAAGAUCAAAUAGUGAUAUCAUCAAUAUAAAAUGAUGCAUAUAUAUGUAAAUAGUUC